AUGAAGUUCUUUAUAUUUUGCGUCUUGUUCAGUUUAUCAGCAGCCAAAAUCCAAUUUCCUGCAAACCCUGGAUAUGACUGCCAAUAUUGUCAGCCAGAACAAAUUCACAUUGCUUUUGGAUCUAAAACAAAUGAAAUAGUUGUUACAUGGACUACUUUUAAUGACACCCAUGAGUCAAGGGUACAAUAUGGAGAAGGCGCGAUGAACCUCGAAGCACAGGGCAGCCGCCACAAAUUCACAGAUGGUGGUGCACUGAAAAGACAAAUGUGGAUACAUAGAGUUUUGCUACCUAAUCUGAAGUUUAAUACUAAAUAUGAGUACCAUGCAGGAUCAGUCUAUGGCUGGUCAGAACUGUUUACUUUCAAAACUCCACCCGAAGGAGAGAACUGGGUUGUCCGUGCAGCUAUCUAUGGAGAUAUGGGCAAUAAGAAUGCACAUUCAUUAUCCUACUUGCAAGAUGAGGCGCAGAGAGGUCACUUUGAUGUCAUACUGCAUGUAGGAGAUUUCGCAUACGAUAUGGACACCGAUAAUGCUCUGGUUGGAGAUGAAUUCAUGAGACAAAUCCAGCCGCUCGCAGCUUCAGUGCCGUACAUGACCUGCCCUGGGAACCACGAGGCAGCUUACAACUUCAGCAACUAUCGGAACCGUUUCUCUAUGCCUGACUAUCAGCAUGCAGAAAGCAUGUUCUAUUCAUUUGACAUUGGUCCUGUACACUUUGUCUCAAUAUCGACUGAGUAUUACUACUUCCUAGAGUUCGGUCUCAAGAUGCUCUCAGAACAAUUCGAAUGGCUGCAACGGGAUCUUAGUGAAGCAAAUAGACCGGAGAACAGAGCCAAACGUCCCUGGGUCAUUAUAUACGGGCACAGGCCAAUGGUCUGUAGUAACAUAGGAGACGAUUGUUGGAAUAACUUCCUGCCCAACCGCGUUGGACUGCCCGUUUUUGGCUACGGACGUUUCAGAGCGCUUCGGCCCUGGGUGAUACUGUAUGGACACAGACCGAUGUAUUGCAGCAACUCGGACGAUAUUGACUGCAGUGUUGAGUACACAAGAAAAGGGCUACCUCUGUUCGGGGCGUUUAGUCUCGAGCCUCUAUUGAAGGAUUUCGGCGUCGAUGUGGUGAUUUGGGCGCACGAGCAUUCCUAUGAACGCACUUGGCCACUAUACGAUUUGAAGGUGCACAAUGGAUCCCUUGAACAACCAUACGUUAAUCCAGGAGCACCAGUCCACAUAAUAACUGGUUCUGCGGGAUGCCAGGAAGAUACAGAUGGGUUUAAACCUCGUCCUCCGGUAUGGUCCGCCUUUCGGUCGAGUGACUACGGGUACACGCGGUUCAAGGCGUUUAACGAUACACACAUCUACUUCGAACAGGUGGAUGUUGAUCUUAAGGCGCCACUGUGCACUUGGUUACUGGUUCCGCUGGAUGUCAAGAAGGAAGAGACCAUUUUCGACACAACGCUGCCAGCUGGUCAGCUUUCCGUUCACAGGAUUAUGGCUACACAAGAUUCAAGGCAUACAAUACAUCUCACAUCAAUUUUGAACAGGUUUCAGUGGACUUUGGAGGUCAAGUGA